UAUUUUUACGUCCGUCAUUGUGCGGACUACUUCGACUGUAACAGACCGAGUUCCGCCGAAAUUUGAUAUUUCGGAAAUAAGUUUACAUGACACGUGUAUAAAAACUAUACAAAUAUUAACUUAAGUGUAGCAGUUGUGGCUAAAGAAGUAAAAAAAUUAUAGUAUUGAAAUAAAGAUCUUAAAAAGGAAUUUUUAGAAGACUAAUAAACGACAAGGUUUGAUAACAUAACAUUUUAAAACAAAGUAGACGAUCAUAAGGAAUAUACAAAUAUGACAGAGGAAAAAUACGAUGCCAACCUUGGAGCCCAUAGAGAGGGUAUGACCCCGGAAGAGGUCGCUACAUAUUACAGUGAAUGGGCUAGAAAUAAGAAGUACGAUGAGGAUUUAAAUCCAGGUACAUAUAAUGGACCAACAAUUAUAGCAGACGAGAUGUCAAAAGUCUUCCCCGAAAAAAGAGAUGAACUAAAAGUUAUGGACAUUGCGUGUGGAACUGGUCGUGUUGGUAUUGAGUUAUCAUCUUACGGAUUUAAAAACAUAGAUGGUCUGGAUCCAGCCGAGGGUAUGUUAGAGGAAUGUAGAAAGAAAGCUAUCUACACAAACCUGUAUCAAGAAUUUUGCGCAGAAAAUAGACUUCCAAUAGACGACAGUACAUAUGACUGUUUAGUUAUAGCCGGUGGCAUGGGGGAGAGCCAUAUACCCUGUGCAGGAGUUCUAGAGAUGAUUCGUAUAGUCAAACCAGACGGAUUGAUUUUAAUCGUAAUGAGAAAAGAAUAUUUAAGUUAUGUUGGUGAAUAUGUCGGCAAACUUGAACCUUUCUUUGAAAAGUUGCAACAGGAGAAAAAGAUUGAAAUGGUCGAAAGGAAGGAAGUCGCUAGCUAUUCCUUUAACAAACAGGGAAUUUUGUUCAAAAUGAGAGUACUCAAAAGCUAAAUAUAGAUACCAGAUCAAGUCAGCUAGACGCUUUAUAUAUGGUCUGAUGAUCUCCGUCAUAACAGAAACACGUGACGUGUAUUUAAGAUAACUAAUAUUAAUAUAUUGAAAUAAUAGAAAUUCAAUUUUUAUCUUUAAAUUAUUAUAUAUUUAUUUUGUUAAAGAUAUGAUGCAUAUUUUAUCUGAAUUAUUUCUUUUUCACAUGGAAUCAAAUGCAAUGUAAAAAAGAAAUAUUUUCUGUUUAAAUAGCAAAUGAUUAAUCUUAUAAAAUUCUAGUUAAGGGGAGACUACUUUUUAUAUAUAAAGUUAUAGCCUUUAUUUACUCUCUUGGAGAGAAGUUUUUAAUUUAUUAUUUUUGAUAACUUUAUCAAUACCAUGUAUUGUAAUUUUCAUCGAUGGCAUUUGAAAGACGUAUUGCAUUGAUCUAUAAUAAUUAUUCCCCCCCAUUACUUGGGUACUUGUUCACUUAAAACAAAAUACGUCUGCUGAAUCUGAUUCAUCGAACGCUUUUAUCAUUGUAAUUUUAUUCUACAUGUGGAGUUUCAUUUCGGUCAAUAAACUUGUAAACAUUCA